AUGGCCCUCGUUAACCAGCUUGCCAGAAGUCCGAGUCGGGAUUUGGAGUGGGAAGUGUGCGAGCGCUUUGCGGAUAGCCGUGCGUGGAUUUCCCGGCAUGUGCUGGCUGAACAGCCGCCGGGCAGUAUCGUCUUGAUUGAUCGCUGGUAUCCGUCUGAUGCCGCGUUUCGCCGCACCGUCCCGAUGGAAGAGAUCCUGCGGCUGAACAUUGACCGAAACGUGCAAGUGCCGGACCUGCAUGUCGGGGUUGUCACCGCGCCUGAAGUUUCAUGGGCAAGGGCUGCUGCGCGCCGGCGUGGGCUGAGUAGCACGGUGAUGCAUAAGCUGGACGAACAUGUCGCCAGUACCCAGGCGUUCGAACGAGCGGUUGCAGAUCACGGUUGGGUCUUAUGCCGGAAUGAAGGAACGAUUGAGGGGGCGACGAUGCAGGUGGUUUCCGAGAUUUAUAAAGUCCUGGGA